AUGAAUCAAACCACCUCAAAGGUUAACAUGAUGUUGGAUGAAACUAAUCAAUGUCCUAAUUUAUUUUCCGUUAUUAUAGAAAAAGGAUGGGAAGUAUUUACAGAAAUCGAGAGUGAAGAAACCAUAAUACCACGUACUAUAAAAAUUACCAAAGCACCACAUAAAGAAAAGGAAGAAGAUGAUGAGGAUGAGAAACCAACAGAGGCGAAACAAACUAAAAAGCCUAAAGAAGAAGAUGAUGAUGAAGGUCCAGGCAAAAAAAUUGGUGAAGAGGUUUCAAUAAAAUUACCUAAACAAGUUCGGAAGUCAAACGAUCCAGCUUUUUAUAAGAACUAG